AUGUCAAUCAUCCCGACAGGCCCAAUGGGCAUCAGCAUUCCCACAAAGGAGCUGACGGAGCUUCAUGAACCCGACAAACUUCGCCAGCUAUCGCAAAGCGGUGCUCACCCUGGCAUCCGUCAGCGUCUAUGGGGUCUGCAGGCGCGUUUGGACCCUACUGUCACCUUCGAAGAAUAUAGCUUUUGGGCCAAGAUCGAGCGUGAGAUGGAAGACAUAGAGUACCGUCGAUAUAUGGCCAAGCUCAAGGGCGGUGGCAUGCUGGGUUACCUCAAGGCCUAUUUCAGCAACAGCACCGAGCUUGAAGUUACCGGUUCUGAAGAUGUGGCGGCAGAAAGCGAGACCACUCACCCCGAGAAGGAGAAGGAGAAGGAUGUCGUUGCCAACAACAGCGAUUCCUCGCUGAACCCAAUUGCACCGUCAAGCACUCACGACUUGGACGCCGAGUGGCGGCGAGCCGCUCGCGCCCUCCGCACGACGGGCUGGAUCACCAUCUUCUACCUGAUCACCACCGAUAUCCUCGGUUGGAGCCAGACUCCUUACGUCUUUGCUAGUUGUGGCUAUGGCCUCGGGGUUGGCAUUUUCGUGCUUUUCGGGAUUGCUGCCGCGGCCUCGGGCCUGAUGAUCUGGAAGGUCUUCCUGGCUCUCGACUCUUCACGCUACCCUAUGUUAAGCUUCGGCGACCCUUUCUUCCGUCUCUUCGGCCCCAAGACCCGUCACUUCAUCAAUGUCACCCAAGCCUUUCAGAUGUGGUGUUCUGUCUGCGUUGUGCUCAUGGGCAACUCCCAAAUUUUGUCGCAGCUGGCCAAGGCCAAGGUCUGUUACAUCGCCAUCGUCAUCAUCAACAUGGCUAUUGGCAUGAUCUCGGGCGCGCUCCGAUCUCUCAAGCACCUUGGCUGGUUAUGCAAUUUCGCAGUCUGGUUUAACAUCGUCAGUUUCAUCAUCAUCUGUGCGGCCGCCGCUCUCAAUGGCCCGGAUCCAACGGUCGCUCUCCAGACAACUCUUCUGAAAACCUUCGAGCCGGUCAAAACUUUUGUCGGCACGCCACCUGCCCAGUAUCAACAGCAGACAACUGAUAUUUUCGCGGCUCAGUUCAAUGGUAUUGAUACCAUCGUCUACGCCUACUCGGGUGCUCUACUCUUCGUUGCCUUUUUGUCCGAAAUGCGCCACCCCAUGGACUUCUGGAAGGGCUGCCUGCUCGCUCAAACAUUCAUCUUGGUCGUAUAUGUCUUCUUCGGCGCCUUCGUCUACACCUACAUCGGUCAAUACUCUAUCACCAGCAUCACCCAGGUUGUCAGCCCCUACGGUCUGCAACUGGUCAGCAAUAUCCUGGCUUUGGUCACGGGUUUCCUCGCCAUAUUUUUGUACUUCAACAUCGGCAUGAAGACGGUCUAUUUGGAAGUUGGCCAGGAGCUGUUCGGACUGCCCGCGAUCUCUACCAAGAAGGGAUACUAUCUCUGGCUGGGUCUUGGGCCUGUGUAUUGGAUUGUCGCCUUGGUGCUUGCCGUCUCGGUGCCCAAUUUUACAGCCAUCACCAACCUCAUCGGUGGCCUGCUGAGUCUCAACUUCACGUACAGCAUUCCCGCCAUCAUGUACGUGGCCUGGGUCAUCCAGAAUGCUGCAACCCUGCCUGGUGAGGGUUUCGAUCCGUAUACGGGAGUUACCACUCGUCAUGACGAUGGCUGGAAGCGAUACAUGCGCGGGCUUCGCAAGAGCUGGUGGUACAGCGUUCCCGCGAUCUUGUUCGCCUUGGGCGGUUUGGCCUCAUCCGGGAUGGGUUCUUGGUCCGCUAUUCAAUCCCUCAAGGAGAUCUUCGGCCCUGGUGGCACUAUCCAGACAUCUUGGAGCUGUACUGCUAUCGGCUAA